GUAAUUUUUAGCUGAUGAAGUUUGAUUUGGACGAAAGAUAACCGGAAAGGGAUGAAGAUUUUCCUGACGAUUUUUGGAAUUUUCUUUAUUUUGUUCAUUGUUAAAGGCUUCCUAGUCGAUAAUCCAACAGAACCCAAGCAAAUCGAACUGAUAUCUCAUCUAAAGAGAAGUAAAAGAGCUUGCUCUGGGAGAAGUACCAAAGUGAUUCGCAUUACAGGAAGUAAGAGGAGCGAAGGCGGAGGAUGUCCUAUGGCCGCUUCUCCGUGUGCGGCAGCACCACCUCCCUGUGGUGCAGCACCAAGUCCUUGUGAUAUGGCUGCUGCUAGGGCCCCGCCACCUCCUCCUCCACCGCCACCGCCACCUCCUCCUCCUCCACCGCCACCGCCACCGCUUCCACCACAACCAAUAUAUAUUCCUAUGGGCGGAGGAGGCUGCUGUGGACAAGGAGCAGCAGCUCCUACAAUUGUUACCUCUCCAGCUGGUGGACCGGUGAUAGUGACAGGGAGUGGAUCAGAUGGCGGAGGUGGAGGUGGUUUGCCAUCUCUUCCGGGUGGUGGAUUGCCUGAUAUAGGCGGCGGUUUGCCCGAUUUAGGCGGCGGAUUGCCCGAUCUAGGAUUAAGUGGUGACUUUCCAAGUGGCGACUUAGGUGGAUCACUGUCAGAUCUUGCUGGUGAGGUAGGAUUAAGAUACCGAAUCCCGAAACGAUUUAUUAUGGUGCCUAAUCGAAGAAUAUCUCAGACACCUCGAGUAAUAAUAUUACCACCAUCCAAACCACCAGUUCAACGUUUAAAUCUCAGAAAUCUUCGGUCACGAGGAACACAUUUUAGAGUUCAGCAACCGACUGUUAUUUACACAGGUCGUCCAGCAAUUAUAAUACGAAAAUAAAUCAAAGAAGAAAUACGACAAUUUGUUCUCGUAUGCGAAUAUUAGUUUAAAUUAGCUAUCGAUACUGUACUAAGUAAAACUACAAAAUUUUCUUGAAUAUUUCUUCACUAAUAUUAGUUUGUUUCUAUUAAAAUAUUGUUAUUAUAAGUAGUUAUAACUGUGAUGUGAAUAAUAAGUUGUUUCAAAAUUUUAAAAUAAACUUCUAGUAUUAAUAUGGUAUAGAGAAACUUAUAUUGUUAAGUUUUUUAAAGAUUCGUAUUUAAGAAACACGUUAACCGCCACCCUGCGUGCGUUUCUUAUUGUAUUUGUUUUGAUCAAUGAGUAAAGUAUAAAGGGGAGUAGAUAGUAAACAAAUAUCGUAAUGAGAUCCAAUUAUUAAGUCAACAGUUACUCCACAAUUAAUUAAAUGAUUUUUUCUAUAUUUCGUAUUAUACAGUGGUACCUCAGG